AUGAAGACCGCCGGGAAAGUUCUGUGGGAUAUGCACCGCAGGAAAGCCUGGGGCUGUGGGAAGGCGGAUCAGCGGGAGAAGCAAGUGCAUCGCAGCUUUGCAGGCGUCGCCGCGGGAACAGGCCGCGGACAGGGGCCUCUGAGAGACCAGGACUGCCGUGAGAGGCAGGCAGGAAUCACACAGAGCCCCCGCCACGGAGGACCGGUCCCCCUCUGCGCGCCCGUCUCCCUGCGUGCGAGCGUGGGGAGGCGAGCACCAGCAGGUCCAGUGGAGAGGAGGGAAAGGAAAGCAAGCAUCUUCCGCGCGGUGACCCUGCCUGUGACGGGAGGAAGGACCAGAUGUUAA